AAGCAUUUCCUAUUGAGACCCCCAAGAGUUCCCCUGGGCCUCGGCUCCAGCUCCAGCUUGGACUUCAGGCCUUUUUGUGUCCUGUUUGCUAAAGGCAUGCGGGCUACAGCAUUCAAGAGAGCCGGUCGUUAACAAAGGGAAAGAGAUAAAUGUAAAUAAGCUCACAUUUUCAGAAUGAGCGGUUUGCAGUAAGAAGCUGCGGCAGCCCAGAGUCUGCUGCUUUAGACUGGGCUAACCUUUCCCUGAGGAAAAAAAAAAUGGAUAAAAAUAUGCACUUCCAAAGGGCGAGUUGCCCAUUUACAUGUUUAUUAGCUAAUUAUCUACAGGCAUCAGCACAUUCUCUCAUCUAGCACACUCUUUCUUGGGGAAUACAGAUCUCUGGAGGAGUGUGAAAAUCAACUCUCCUUAAUAUUAAGGAGGAAAAUAUUUUCUACCGGUCCCUAGUGUCAGAGUGGUGAACCCCUGCAGCCAGCAGGCCUCCUGAAAAAAAGUCCAUGGGUGACAGAAGAUUCAUUGACUUCCAAUUCCAAGAUUCAAAUUCAAGCCUCAGACCCAGGUUGGGCAAUGCUACUGCCAAUAAUACUUGCAUUGUUGAUGAUUCCUUCAAGUAUAAUCUGAAUGGUGCUGUCUACAGUGUUGUAUUCAUCCUGGGUCUGAUAACCAACAGCGUCUCUCUGUUUGUCUUCUGUUUCCGCAUGAAAAUGAGAAGUGAGACCGCUAUUUUUAUCACCAAUCUAGCCCUCUCUGAUUUGCUUUUUGUCUGUACCCUACCUUUCAAAAUAUUUUACAACUUCAACCGCCACUGGCCAUUUGGUGACACCCUCUGCAAGAUCUCUGGGACUGCAUUCCUUACCAACAUCUAUGGGAGCAUGCUCUUUCUCACCUGUAUUAGUGUGGAUCGUUUCCUGGCCAUUGUCUAUCCCUUCCGAUCUCGUACUAUUAGGACUAGGAGGAAUUCUGCCAUUGUGUGUGCUGGUGUCUGGAUCCUAGUCCUCAGUGGUGGUAUUUCAGCCUCUUUGUUCUCCACCACUAAUGUCAACAAUGCAACCACCACCUGCUUUGAAGGCUUCUCCAAACGUGUCUGGAAGACUUAUUUAUCCAAGAUCACAAUAUUUAUUGAAGUUGUUGGGUUUAUCAUUCCUCUGAUAUUGAAUGUCUCUUGCUCUUCUGUGGUGCUGAGAACUCUUCGCAAGCCUGCUACUCUGUCUCAAAUUGGAACCAAUAAGAAAAAAGUUCUGAAAAUGAUCACAGUACAUAUGGCAGUCUUUGUGGUAUGCUUUGUACCCUACAACUCUGUCCUCUUCCUAUAUGCCCUGGUGCGCUCCCAAGCUAUUACUAAUUGCUUUUUGGAAAGAUUUGCAAAGAUCAUGUACCCAAUCACCUUGUGCCUUGCAACUCUGAACUGUUGUUUUGACCCUUUCAUCUAUUACUUCACCCUUGAGUCCUUUCAGAAGUCAUUCUACAUCAAUACCCACAUCAGAAUGGAGUCCCUGUUUAAGACUGAAACACCUUUGACCACAAAGCCUUCCCUUCCAGCUGUUCAAGAGGAAGUGAGUGAUCAAACAACAAAUAAUGGUGGUGAAUUAAUGCUAGAAUCCACCUUUUAGGCAUGUGAAUUGUGUUCAGGUCCAGAUAUGGUUUCUCCUAUAAUUUUUCCUAUGCUAUAAAUUAAAGAUUUGAAGCUAAGAUACUGAGAAGAAUGCACCAAAUCCAGUCAGAUACAUUUGUUUAAAGGUAUGCUGUACAUUUUUAUUGCUGUUUUGUUCAGUAAUUAUAGGUCAAGUCUAAUUACAACAAACAAGAUGGAUUUCCAAACUCUUCUGCUUGGUUGGAAUUUUAUUGUAUCUCAAUAUGCAGGUGGCCAGUGACAUUUGAUAAUAUGGAGAUGACUUUGAAACUUUCUAAAUGGUAUUUCCAUUCCAAUGAUAUCUGGUAAUUGGGUUGGGCCUAUAAAUAUAGAACAAGUUCAGGGAUUUUUUUUAAAAAAAUUGUGUUACUACUGAUAUACGCUAGGUUUUAAAAUUUUUUUUGAAUUGUCGUUGAGUUUAUUUUAGCACAAGAGUAUUUUUAGCCUAACAUUAUUAAUACGAAAUGUAUCUAAUUUUUAACAUUAGUAAAAUAUGUUAUGUGCAUUUUGAAAACAGAACAUAAAUUGUGUUGUCAUGUAUGUGGGUGGGAAUAAAGAGAAAAUAAAGGGGAUUUACACAUUUAUAGUCAUCAGCAGUAUGAGUUUUAAAAAUUUCAUUGUUUUUACACUACAUUAAAGUUUUCAUGUGAAACUUCAAAGCCAGAAAGCUGCUAAAUAUGUAUCUGACAAGUAAAAGCUGGAAAAUUACUUAAAACAACAAAAUGUCAAUAAAAAUACUUGAGCAACACCAACAUUUUUUUUUCUUAAAAUGUCAAAUUAUCUUCAUUUUGGGAAACUAGGUUCUAUAAAAUAUUUAUCCUCCAUAUUAUAUGUUGGAGCACAGCACAGCCAGAAAUGGGCUGCAUUUGUGCUCAGGUCAGGAGCAAAUUGAAAAAAAUCAAACAAAGUAAUACCAAAAAAUCAAACUGUAAAUCUGAAAUAUUUAUUAAAACCUGAAUUAAUCAUUUUUGGAGGGAGGAGUAGAGAUAUAUAACCAGGAAAUACUUAUUCUUUCUUAUCAAAUUUUGGAGCAUAAUAUAGCCAGAAGCUGCUGUAUCUGUGCCCUCAGACUGGAAGCUAAUUAAGAAAAAAACAACAACACACAAACCAAACCAAACUAGAACAACAACAACAAAAAAAACCUGCAGAACCCCAUGAAAAAUAAAAAUAAAAAUAAAAAAACUCAAAAAUAAUUUGUAACAUUUUCAUUACCAUUUGUUCAGGCUCUGUAAAUUUAAAAAUAUUAUGUUAUUUGCAUGAAAUUGUGAAGCACAAUGCAGCUACAAAGUGGCUAAAAUUGUCUCCUGGUCAAGGACAAAUUUUGGGGAAAAAAGUCAAAAAUCAAACUGCUGUAAAACAAACAAGCACAAACAAACUUUAGAGAUUGCAUUUUCCGAGCAUCUGCAAAUCUUACAAAACACUAUAACAUUCAUAUGAUGUUUUGGAACAAAAUGCAGCUAGGAAGCCGCUAAACUGUCACCCUGUUUAAAAGCAAUUGAAAAUAGUAUUUAAAAAUCUACAAAAAAAGAGAAAUCAUUUUUUAUAAUUUACUUCAGCAAAAACAACAAAAAUUUUUAAAACUCUUACUAUUUUAAAACUGAAGCUGUAUUUAAGAAUAUUGAAACUUGUAAAUAAACUUCUGAGCUUGAAAGAUGUUACAUUUGUGCUCAAGUCAGGAGCAGUGGAAAUAAACUCUCACAUACACACAUACACAGCAUCAACAACAGAAACCAAAAUUAAAUGUUAAACCCUGAAAAACAACAAAGAUAUUUAAAAUGCGCAUUAAUCAAUUUUUAAAAUAUUUGGAUAACAUGGCAAUUUAAAAAUGCUAAGAAUUUUAAAGUAAAACUUCCAGGAAAAAUGUAUCCUGUAAGUUGCUUACCAGAAACUUGUGCCAGAAAGUGGUUAAGAAAUUAAGAAGCACAGAACAAUAACAAAAAAAAAAAUUCUAAAACAAUAAACAAAUUUUUAUAACUCAUUAACUUAUUUUUCUUUCUGAUAACAUGCAGACUUAAAAAUUGUAAGACUUUUAAGUAAAAAUCUGUGAGCAUAAUGAAACUUUAAAAACUGUAAAGUCUGUGUCUGGGUUAGGAGUACAUUGAAAAAAUGCUAAAACAACAGUAAAAAAUUCUCAAAAUUAGCAUUACUUUUUCCAAAAGAAAGUCCUAAAAGUAAUUACACAUUAUAUAGUCUUAUGAGAAAAGGCUAUAGAUGGAAUACGUAAGGCAUUACGUUCAGUUAAAUGAAAUUAGGUUAAGUUCAGUUCAGUUGUUAGACUAUAUGGUAAGAUCAAAUUAGUAAUAAAAGUAUGAAUAAUCUAUUUCUUUCAGUAUUCAUUUUUUUUCAUUUCUUGUAACUAUAAAAUAUAUGUGAACAUUUUGGUGCCCUUGCAUCUUAACAUUAUAAAAUUUUAUGAUUAUGAUACCAAACCAUUUAAUGGGAUGUUAACUAAGUUGAAAUAAAAUAUAUUAUUAAAUGUUUCUUGUUACGUAAUUUCCAUGUUUAAGUUUUUUUAUAUUCCACUUUUUUAAUUUCCAGUUUUAUAGUUAAUAUAAAUUGCUAAUAAUAAAAAUGUCACAUUAACAAUGUAACCAAGAGAAUGUAAUGUAUAACUAAAUAUAAAAGUGACUAUGUUACACCGAAAGUCAAAGCAAAUUUUCAGCUGUAAUUUCAACUUGGAUUUUAAAUGUUUAUUAAAUGUAAUAAAAUAUAUUUGAAUUAUAUAGCA